AACCAAAGCCGAUCCUAAUAGGAGCGGGCGCGUCUCUUUCGUUUGCGACUGUGCGCUGUGUACCCGUUGUGUCGCAGUAAUUUUUGCACGUAAUCGCGCGAAGCCGUAUGGAUUCGGCGACGGGUGAUGUUCCCAGUAAAGACGAGAAGAAAGCGCAGCUUGACGACCUGAUCGAAAAAAAGAAGAGCGAGUACUUGAGCCUCCUUCAACAAAGCCAGGAACACGAUCCAAAAAGCGCCGAGGACCUAAACCAAAGGAAGUACGAGCUUGCGCUGGCAUACAACGAGCGCGGUCAGAUGAACUACAGGAUGAUAGAAUUCGACAAAGCCGUGGAGGAUUACACGGAAGCCGUGCGUUACUGCGAUUCUCUGGCGGCUGCGUACUUCAAUCGUGGAACCGUCAAGUACCGGAUGGGUUAUUUCGACGUUGCUUUGCCCGACAUGGAAAAGGCUGUUUCGCUGGAUCCGACCAACAAGGAAUUCCAACUGGGACUAAAAGAAACCAAAGCGCAGCUUUGAAGCUGCACUCUACCAAAUAAACGAAAACCAACCCACAUAUGUUGUGAAAGUUGAAGACUAGUCGUUGAUACCGUGGUCAAACAGAGCAGUGAAUGGGACCAAUACUAGAACAGUCGAACCCGAGAGCUUUUUUUUUUUAUUUUUUAGAGAUAAAAUUUAUUAUGUAUAAUUAUUGUGAGUGUUGUGUCACCACAUGAAAUGCAAACUGUGUUGUGAAGCUACAAUGCAAAACAUAUUACUUGAGCACUAAGCAGUCUUGGCAUGGAAUGAAAAGCACACAAACUAUAAGGAGUUCGCACGAUACAUAGUGAAUGUGUGCACUUUGGCCUUGUGAUUCUUACAAUUGCAUUACAUACCUUUCAUCGGGAACAAAAUGAGUGUGUUUUAAUUGUGUGAUAACAGUCUUCAAAGUCUAAUAGCAAAAUGAUAGUAGUUUCAGUGAUGGUGGAUGUGUCAAUCGAGUUAGGUGCAGAAUCUUGAGUUUUUGUAACAGAAAGUAAGGUGAACACUUACAGUUGUACUUUUUAAUUCUUUACUGUAAUAUAUGAACUUUUGAACUAUGUAAUUGUUUACUGUGACAUAUGAACUUUUACACCGAAUAGAAAAUAAACUAUUUUGCAUAA